AUGAAGGCUGUCGUCGCUCAUAACAACGCCCCCGCUUUGGUCACUGACAGGCCAGUCCCCAAGCUACGAGACGACUAUAUCCUGGUCAAACCCGUAGCCAUUGCCCUCAAUCCAACUGACUGGAAGCACGCAGCUUUUGGUCUCGCCGCUGAGGGCGGCCUACUCGGCUGCGAUUUUGCAGGUAUCGUCGAGGAAGUAGGCUCAAAGGUCACCAAGAAAUGGCAAAAGGGUGAUCGUAUCGCUGGCGUUGCGCAUGGUGGAAAUUCGGUCCAACCCCAAGAUGGCGCAUUUGCCGAGCACAUUCUUGCAAAAGGGGACAUUCAAGUAAAGAUCCCGGAUUCGUUGUCGUUUGAAGAUGCGUCAACUCUUACUUUGGGUGUAACUACGGUUAUGCAAGGGUUGUAUCAGAAAGCGUUGAAAUUGAAUCUUCCGGAUGAUCCGGUCAAAACCGAUAUUCCAGUUUUGAUUUAUGGAGGGUCGACUGCGACUGGGGCUCUAGGUAUUCAAUUUGCCAAAUUGUCUGGAUAUACCGUAAUUACAGCAUGCUCACCACGCAACUUUGACUAUGUUAAAAGCCUCGGUGCUGACAAGUGGUUCGACUACAACGAGCCCAAUGUGGGAGCCCAGAUCCGCGAAUAUACGCAGAACAAACUUGAAUAUGCCUGGGACACCGUCAGUGAAGAAGGUUCGGCCAAAAUCUGCUCAGACGCACUCACCUCAGAACCCGGCGCAAAGUAUGGCAACAUCUUGAAUGUCAAAAGUCCGCGAGAGGACGUUGAAACCGUCAAUACACUCAUGUACACUGUCUUUGGCGAGGCAUUCAAAUUCGGAAAAGGCGCGGAAUUGCCCGCUAUUCCGGAAGAUUUUGAGUAUACCAAGAAGUUCAUUGCAUUGACUGAGAAGUUAUUGGCUGAAGGUAAAUUGAAGGCACAUCGUGUCAAGCUCGGCGCCGAUGGUCUAAAGGGUGUUUUGAAGGGGCUGAACGAUAUGAAGGCCGGCAAGGUCAGUGGAGAGAAGUUGGUAUACCGCGUUGAGGAAACUCCAUGA